AUGUCAGUCUAUGAAACUUCUCUUACAGAAAAGGACGAGCCAAAGCUAAUGUCGAUGCGAUUCUGCAUUGUUAUUGUACUGUGCUACGUGUACGAGGUUUUCGCUCAACAAUGCAAGGAGGGUGAGCAUGCCAUUUCUGGUAUGAUGCUUCGAGGACACACCUUCAGGAAAGUGAGAUCAUUGAUUGCAUUUGAAUGCCAUCAAGCAUGUUACAAUGAUUUCAGAUGUCACAGCUUCAACUACGUCAUUUCAGAGGAGCUAUGUGAACUAAACAACCGGACUAAGGAGGCCAGACCAGAGAACUUUGUGCCAAAUUCUGAAAGAUUUUAUGUCAGGAGUAAUAAGAAAAGAGUUCCUCUUGGCUCCAUUCCUGAAUUUCCAGCAGAAACAUGUCGAGAGAUAAAAGCAAGCGAAGAGGGGAAAGCGAACAGUGGCAAUUACUGGCUUGAUUCCAUUAUAGAGGGGAAGACAGUACUUGUUCCUUGCGAUAUGGAAACAGCGGAUGCUGAUGAAUGCAAGGCCUCGUUACCUGUCUGUGACACGAAUGCCAUUUGCCAGAAUACCCCUGACUCGUAUAUUUGUGCUUGUAAACCUGGAGUUAUUGCAGAUGGGAGAACUUGCACUGCUGUACUAUCUUGCGAGGCUUUAGGAGUAGAAGAUCCAAACAUCAUACCUGACGUCCAAAUCACUGCGAGUUCCAAUUAUCUCAGCUAUUAUCCACACAAAGGACGGCUCAAUGGAGACAGCGGUUGGUGUCAGCAGUCUUCUAGAAUCACCGAUGACUAUAUACAGGUUGAUAUUGGAGCAGGACGCACAGUAUGCGGAGUCGCCACGCAAGGAAAGGCAAACGGAUCGUUUAUAAAAAGCUACAGGCUCUCCUUUUCUACUGAUGGUACCAGUUGGACUGCAUAUAAAGAGCAAAACGUCGAAAAGAUCUUUGAAGCGAAUUCAGACUUGAACACCAUUAUAAAACACACACUGAAUAACCCAGUCCAAGCAAGAUACAUUCGAUUUUAUCCGGUCACCUUUUCUCAGUACCCUUGUAUGAGGAUCGAAGUGUUCGUGCAGUAAAUGAGAAAAUCAACAACAGGGCAAUUUUU